GCGGAACCAGGCUCCCAGGAGCCGGGGGCGGGCACUGAUCCCUGGUCGCCUGACUGAGCUCCGCCCCUGGCCACCUCCGGCGGGUUUAUCUUGUGAUUACUGCGGCCGCUUCUUCCUUCCUCUCUCUUGGAACCUCUUUCGCAGCAAUGCGUUUCUUAGCCGCCGCGUUCCUGCUCCUGGCGCUCAGCGCCUCCGCCCUGGCAGAGCCGGUGCAUUUCAAGGACUGCGGUUCCGGGGUUGGAAUUAUAAAGGAAGUGAAUGUGAGCCCAUGCCCCAACCAGCCCUGCCGUCUGCAGAAAGGACAGUCUUACACUGUCAAUGUCACCUUCACCAGUAAUACUCAGUCCCAAGGGAGCAAAGCCUUGGUAUAUGGCAUCCUGAUGGGUGUCCCAAUUGCCUUUCCCAUUCCUGAGUCUGAUGGCUGUAAGAGUGGAGUCAACUGUCCCAUCGAAAAAAACAAGACCUACAGCUACCUGAAUAAACUACCAGUGAAAACUGACUACCCCUCUAUAAAACUGGUGGUGAAGUGGGAACUUCAGGAUGAUAAAGACCAAUAUCUCUUCUGCUGGGAAAUCCCAGUACAAAUUGAAAACUAGAGCUAUUUGAUGCCAGUAUGUCCAUCUGGGGAUGAGAGAAUGUGGGUGGAGAGAGGGGAGGAGAAACCAAGUCUACACUAAAUCAGUGCCAUAAGGUAAAAGGAAUUUCUAGACUGUUGUUUUAUGCUUCUCAACCUCUAUCCUCAUCUAAGACCCUAUUUCCCGAGAGCUCAGAACUGUUGCCCUUGUAAUACGUUUUGUAAAUGCAUAAAGGAAAGGAGAGCGAGGGACUGUAGGGAUUGAUUUAAUUGUCUUCAGUGUUUUUUGCUGUUGAAUAAGGAGAGUCCCGCCCGACAGGACCCAAAUGAGGUUGCUUAGGGACGUUGGAUGAUGUGUCGUGGGGUUAUUGGCCAUUGCAGUGGAGGACAGGUUCCAAACCACGUUCGUCUAGCUGGGAUAGUACAUCUCCAAGUGCCUCACUGAGUUCAGUACAUCUGGCCAACAAGCCUGCUGAUUCUCGAAGGCACCUCCAGCUCCGCUGCUUCAACAAUGAUGACUUGCUCUCCAGUGGUAUCCAGCGUUUCGGUGGAGGGGGAGGUGUUCCGUGACAGAAAUUCAACUCUGGGUGGCUGGUUCUCGAUGGUUAUCUCAUGUCUCCUUUUCUGUCUUGGGUGGUUUUCAUUAAAUGCAACACUCGAUUAGCAGAUAUUUGAUUUUUUUUCUAACAUUACCUUGUGACUUCUCUAUGCACCUGGAAAUGUACCUUUGAAUGAAUAAAAACUUGAUAGUCUUCUGCA